AAGUCAGUGAUGUGAUGGGGCAGGGACAGUCUUGCUGUACAGCACCUAGCGCAACAGGGCCGUGACUGGGGCUCUUAGGCACUCCAAUAAGACUAAUAAUGUUAAUAAAGUGAUAGUUUGGUAUUGCCGUCUGAAAAGGUUCAGGGGCUCUGAUGUGGUGCUGUGGAACAGCUUCACAGUGCGGCAUUGUGGGUUUCCCGUGGUAUGGUAUUGCAGUUUACAGAUGUCCUGGUUCUGUGGGAUGUAUGUUUCAUGCUGGUGCUGCAUCAGUAGUUACUGUGGGGGUUGUUGGUUGGUUGUUUUUUUUUUUUACUGUGUGUUAAACAUCACCAAAUGCUGAAUAUUAUUGAGCUAAGACAUGAAGACUCAACAUGAAAAUGUUGUCCUGUUGCGUCCCACCAACCCAGCAGCCCAGUGCCAUGCAAGAAGCGAAGAGAGGAAGAUCCCCCUAUAAAAACAAUUACAAAAUAUUUUUCACCAUUAGCAAGAACAGUGGAUAAAGUGUCACCACCAAAAUCUAACAACAUAUUGGAUUAUUUUAAAAAGACUUCUACAAAUGAGAAGACCACUUUACUCAUUGGAAUUGGAGAAAAUAAAAUAAACCAAUCUUACCAGCUGUGUGUUGAUGAGGGCAAAGAUUGUAAAUCACCUUUAAGACCUUCUUCAAAAUCUUUUUCAAAGCUGAAAAGGAGAGGGAAGAGAGUUAAUUUAAAUAGCAAAUUAGGAGAUAUUAAAACACCUGAGAAUCAAUGUGUGAUAGAAAUUAAUAGCAAUGACAGUACAGACAUGAUGAAACCAAAGGAAGAAUGUUUAAAUACAAGUUUUAUUGCGAACAGUGCUUCUGCUUUACUUGCCCAAAAAUGUGUAGAAGAAUUAGCAGCAGAUAAUCAGCAAAGCAAAAACUCUUCGAACACUGUCACCUGCAGAAAAGAUGCUAAAAAAACUGGAUCGGAACUAAAUGUAUCAAAAAAUUACCUAAAGAAAUCAAGGAAGAGAAAGCACAAAGAUGAUACUGAUUUGUCUGAAAAUUCCUCCUCUGAAAACCAGCUGAAUGAAAAGGAACUAAAAGAUAAAAAACAAAUCACAUCUUCUAAAAUAAUUGAAAGUAAGAGUACUGUAAGUAAUUCAAGCCUUGAAGUUAAUGUGGAUAAGACAUCACAGUUAAAUGAUAGUACAGUCACGGUGUCAUUUGAGGACUUUUUGAAAAGUCAAGGAGAAAAUAAAGUGGAUCAAAUUCCAGAAACCAGAAUGCCAACACUAAACAAUUUUAUUAUAGCAAAUGAAACAGACAAAAGUGGUAGUACCAGUGACCCUGAAAAUGGCGAGGAGUCUCAGCAACUACCUCUUAGGACAGUAACUGUCCUUGCACAGAUUCAUCCCAUUCCCCCAAAAUCUCCCUCUCUGCUAAAGGAGCAAAAGGUUUCUAGGAAAAUAGCUUCUAUCUUUUUGAAGCAAAAAGGGUAUGAAAUAGAAAGAGAAAGCAAUCCUUCUGUUUUAGAGAUUGAACAGACUGAACAAAUGACUCAGAAAAGAAAAUCUAAUGUAGUUAUAGAGGAGGAAGAAUUGGAGUUAGCUGUACUAGAAGCUGUAGGUCCUGAGGCUAUGAAGCCAAAAUGUACUGUAGAAGAAAGACAUCAGUUUAUGAAAGCUUUUAGACAACCAACAUCUGAUACAGUAAAAAGUGGAGUUAAAAAAAUACCUGGAAAACUGAAGGAAGUCAGUGAAAAGCCUUCAAAACAAAAUGAGGGAAUGGAAGAAAGUGAAGCAGCCUCAAAUACAAGACAUGAAAGUGAAAUACUAAAGGAUUAUAUUGACCAGCAUUCACAUUGUAGUACCAAAAAAAGUAGUACUACUAAGGAGAGAACUAAUAUGCUUAAAAAGAAAGGAAAGAAGGUUUUGGAGACUAAAGAAACAAAUGUUCCGAAUAGUAGUGGAAAUAACGAAAAUACUGGGGCUAAUGCUCAUAUUAAGGAAAAAACCUUAGAUGAUAUAAGAAUCUUAUCACAUCCGAAACAGAAUGAAUUAAGGAGGAGCCUAAGGCAAAAGAAAAUUGAAAGCUUCAAAAAUAUUACACCUGAAAAAGCUAGGAUUAGUAAUACUGUUUCUGAAAAUGCACUAGGUGAUAGUCCCCUAUAUGCUUCCACACCAAAAUCAAGCAAUAGAUCCUUGAGGAAAAGUAACAUGUAUAAGGCUGAGGUGAUUACAGUGCCUUUUGAUGCAAAGAGCCCAAUAAGAAUGAGGUUUACUCGAAUUAAUGCAUCUAAAAAAUCUGACAAAGCUGAAGCAACGGAAAAUGAAGAAUUUACUCCAAGAAAUAUAAAGAUAAGCUAUACUUCUAAAAAUAUAUCCAAAGCGAAACAAUUGAUUGAAAAAGCAAAGGCCAUACAACAUAAUAAAUCAAAGGCUAAUGAAGACACCCCAACACCUGUAAGACGCUCGUCUCGACAGCAAGCUCUUGCUGAAAAGAAAAAAUUUCAAGAAAAUGAAGAUUCAGUGAUAAUUUUAGACUCAAGCCCAGGUAUUACCACUGCUUCUACACAGAGUGUGGAGAAAAAGCAAAAGAAACUUCGAAGUUUAAAUGAUGUAUUAGGGAAAAAAUCUAGAAAUAUGAAGGUUACUAAGAGCUCGCACGGAAAAAUAAGAGUCCCACCUUCAUUCCUGGGCAAAAAAGCUCAAAACAUUGCAGAUGAACCAAUUGUAAUUUUUGAUGAAAGCAGCCAAGAUACAUCUGAAAAUUCUCAAGAUGAUGAGCAGUUCAAAGCAAAACGUGAAUUUUUGAUGAGUGGUUUGCCAGAGUCUCUAAAAAGACACAUUGCAAAGAAAGCAGCGGUAUUAGAAGCAUACUCUGUGGCAAGUUGCUCUUUUCAGACGGUUGUCCAUGUACAGCAGAAGGAUGAUCGUUGUGUGGUGUGGAGGUUGACAUCACCGUCCUGUCCUCUUCUAACCAAGUUAAGAGAACUAAACACUGAAGUAACUGAUGUCACAAAACUCACUAUUUCACUUGGUGAAUUCUCAGUUAUAAAUUCAAAACCUAGUGGCAACAAUUCUUCAAUUGUGUUGUCUGGACAGAGAUCAGCUUUUCCCAAAAUAAUAAGGAAAUAUUUGUUGGAAGAGAUCAGAUCUUCUAACUCACAGUUUCCUGUGAGAAAAGUUUUUUACCAGUUUCUGAAAAAGCAAACUGAACAUGUACUUUUCAAAAAUAAAAAACAAGUAUGCAUAAAGGACCAUGAAACUAUAAAUUCUGAACUAGAUCAAAUAAGUUCUGAAAAUCAGAAAGAAACCAAGAGGAAAAGAAAAAAAACCGAAGAACACAAAUCAAAAAGAAGAAAACAAAUUGAUAAUGUAGAGACUGAAUUAAAAUCCAAAACUCGCAAGAGAAUAGUUACCCAAGUAUCCUGCAUAAAGCAAGCAGACACAGAAAAAGUAACACACAUGGAAACAAAUAAACCCCAGGAAUCUGAUGUUAAAACAACAGAAGACAGUGAACUUGGAUCAAAAUUAAACCCUGUCUCUGGUGGUGAAAAGGAAGAUGUGCUCUGGACAGAAAAAUAUCAACCUCAGAACUCCAGUGAACUUAUAGGGAACUCAACAGAAAUAAAAAAGUUACACAGUUGGCUGAAAGAAUGGAAAAAAAGAGCUGAUUGGGAAGAAAAAAGAAAUCAGAAGAGUGAGAAAGAUGACACUGAGAGUCAGCAAGAUUCUAUGGACAGCAUGGAUUUUAAAGAUGACAAAUCUGAGAGUGAGGAAGAGAAUACUCUCUGCAAUACUGUGCUGAUUACUGGCCCAUCAGGGGUGGGAAAGACUGCUGCAGUGUAUGCUUGUGCUCAGGAGCUUGGUUUUAAGAUAUUUGAAGUUAAUGCCUCCUGCCAGCGAAGUGGUAGACAGAUCCUAUCUCAGCUAAAGGAGGCUACUCAGUCUCAUCAAGUGGACAAACAAGGUGUAAAUGCACAUAAACCUUGCUUCUUUAACAGCUGUAGCAGCACUAAGUCCCCGAAAAAAAUAAAUUCUCCCAGGAAAGCUAUUUCACCAAGAAAACCUCCACUUUCACCCAAAGGAACAGGAUUAAAACGAAGUUUACCCCCUAAAACAUUAGCAAAUUAUUUCAAAAUAACUUCUAAGCCUGAGAGUAAUGAAGAAAUAGUAGAAUCUCAAGCAAAAAACAAAGCAAAUACUCAGAAUUCAUUGAAAGAAAAAGUGGAUAUUCAAACUAAGUCAACAAACAAGGAAGUGGGAGGAGAGGAACCCAGCAAAAAAAAUGCAACAUCUCUUAUACUCUUUGAAGAGGUUGAUAUAAUAUUUGAUGAAGAUGCUGGGUUUCUAAGUGCAAUAAAGACAUUCAUGGCCACUGCAAAGAGGCCUGUAAUUCUUACUACAAAUGAUCCAACUUUUAGUUUAAUGUUUGAUGGUUCCUUUGAAGAAAUCAACUUUAAAACACCCUCUUUGGUAAACAUUGCUAGCUAUCUACAAGUGCUCUGUUUGGCUGAGAAUCUACGAACGGAUUUAAAAGACUUUGCCACUUUGUUAACCACAAAUAACUGUGACAUCAGACAAAGUGUUCUUUACCUACAAUUUUGGGUUAGGAGUGGAGGUGGAUGCUUGAAAGAAAAAAGUUUAGCACUUCAUGUAAGAGGAGAGGAGCCAGAAGGAACAGAUCAAAUAACUUGCAUGGAAAACAUUGGUUCCGAGAAUGAUCUUCCUCAAACUGAGAUGGAGCUUCCAAAAUGUGAUACUGGCUUCAUAGAGACUUUGCUUGGCCUUAAGAACAUUUUUUUGCCUUCAGAAGAUUUGUUUUCAUUUCUUAAGCAUAAAAUCACAACAACAGACGAAUGGAGUAAACUGAUACAGCUGCUCACAGAAUUUCAGAUGAAGAAAGUGGAUUUUAUAUAUAGUAACCUUGAAUUUAUUCUGCCUUUACCAGUUCAUGUUCUUCCAGAGCCAACACAGAAUUCUAAUCCUUCAUUUAAAAGGACUACAGCAAAUUCUUCAAAUGAUAUACCUCUUGAUAGUGAUUACUCUGAAAAAGCUACCCCUGUCAAAAAGCCUAAAAGGAUGAAGCACCAGAGAAAGAUUGCUUUAUUGGAUGAUAGUGAUUUAUUUGAUACUGAAUUGAACUACUCUUCUGAAUUUAUAACUUUGCCAUCAGACAUUCCUGAAUCAUGCUUGGAAGAAAACAAAGAUGGAUUAAAAUUUAUGAUGAACGAAAAAGAAAAACAAUUGAAUACUGAAAUCCCGGAAAGGAAAAAAAGCUCUGCUCUUGCUUCUCAUUGUCUAAAUUCACUAACUGAAUUUGUGGAGAACAUGUCUUUCUUAGAUUGCUGCCUAAACACUAAUGUAUUGAAACCAAAAGAGUUUUGUAAAAAUGAAGGGUUUAAUUGGACAAAUGGCAAGAUUAAAAAUGGUCUUUCUGAUGAGUUUAGCACAGAAGACAUUGAUUGGUGGAGUUCUCAAAGCUGUAGUGAACUAAAGGCAGUUGUAGAAGCACUCAGUUUUAAUAAGUGCUCUGCUAGUAUUUCACGAAGCAUGGAAGCCUCCUUGAACCCCUGUAAAACACUAGGAAGAGAUCAAAUUGAGGGAAUCACUCUGCAUAUUUCAAAAGACAGAAAUGAUGUAUACUUUGGUCAAUCAGUUGAUUUAAGCAUUCACAGAAAAGCACAGAAGAGGCUGGAAAUCAUCAAAACUGUAUUUUCCACUAGAACUCCUUUAAGCCUGGUUAACAGGCAAGCGAGCAUAACUGAAUACUUGCCCACCCUCCGCAAUAUUUGUAGGUCAGAGAAACUUAAAGAACAAGGGAAGACUAAAAGAAGGUUCCUGCAUUAUCUUGAAGGAAUUCAUCUUGAAAUACCCAAAGAAACAGUUUACAGUCUGGCAGCUAACUUCCCUUAAAAUAUUUUAUACCAGUAGUGUCUUGUACAGAUUGGUCUAUGUGGUACUUUGAUUUUACCAUAUAAUUUAGUUUUUAUUGUAUAUUCAAAGAGCCAUUUGUAUAUUAAAUCUUUGAGUAUUUAAAAAUGCAAAGUGUAUAUUUCUGUGUGAUAGUAUUGCUUUCCACAAUCCAAAUGUGGGUUCUUUUGGUGCUUCUAUCUACUCCCAAGUGUGUUCAAAAGCAUUUAGUCUAUCUGUGCACCUUUCGGGAUCACUUUAUAAUUCUUUCCUCUGAUUGCUGCCCUAAAGGUGCACUUUCCAUUAAGGAGAAUCAAUCCAUGUCUUGGGUAGCAAGAGGUGCUUGAGUAAUGAACCAUUGCCAUGAUUUCCACUCAAAGUGUUUUUCCAUGAAAAGACUGCUUCAUUGGCAUAGGCAGUGGUUUCAGCCUGGAUCUUCAAAAGAGUUGCCAAAUAACCUGCCUGAUGCAAGACUUUUGUAAAAACUGUAAGCCUCUAACUAAUCACAAUAAUAAAGUAGGGGAAAAAAUGAGUAAAAAAUGCUUAAUAUGAAAUAAAUUAAACUACUGUGUCUCAUAAUGUGCAUAUUUGUAUACCUCAGUUUCAUUUUAUUCCAUGAAUUUUGUUUACAGUUGCCAGGCCAGUAUGAUUAUCUUAAAUGGGGAGAAAAUGUUUACUAUAGUCCUAGAUGGGGCCCUAAUAGAUUAGGCUAGAUUUUGUAAAUAACACUUCUUCUGUAUCUGCAUUACUUCUGAAUUAUUUAGUAACAUAUAACUUCUGGUAAUCUUGUAUAUUCUGUUCUGUUUUUUUAUAUUGUAUUUUAUAUUUGAAAGACUUCAGCCCAGUUACCUGAGGUUAAAAUCUGUUUUAUAUCUGAAAGGAAAUAAAUUUGUGGGUGAGACCUUGGUACAACUCUUAAUAUUCUGGCAGUAUGAAAGGUAAGAUUUAAAAUGUGAUGAUCUAAACCCCCUGCCUUUUAUCACCUGAAAAUAUUUUUUUCUAGAUGACACCUUUAUUUAAAUAGCCACUAUCACAGCCAAUAUCACGUUUGUACUGUUGCUCUAAAGACUAACGUGUAAGGUUCAGUAUAGGGACACAAAAUUUCACAUCAAUUAAUUAGACAUUCCUAUAACUUUUGAGGAGACCAGUUGUUUUAGCACCCUCUGUAGCUGCUUUCUUACCCUACCUUUUCCUGGCUGCUUUCCAUUAUAGUUUACUACUGAACAUGCUUAUGAUAAAGUAAAUUGUUAUUUUAAGAUUAGUGCAGGAUUUCAAGCAACAGAAUGUGGUGUAUAUUUAUUAAAUGGUAGCUAAACGGCUCUUAGUGAGUUGUAUCAAGGGUCUAAACACACUAGAUAUUUUAAGUAUCAAUUGAUUCUGUACAGUUUUGUAAAGAAUAAAAUAUACCCACUUACGUUUA